GAGAGCGAGAGCGAGCGAGAAGGGAAAGGAAAGGAAGAGCAGGGGCCGCUGCGCAGCCAGGACCGCGGGGCGGGGGAGGGGCCAGCCAGGCCGACACCGAGCGAGCCGAAGGCCGUAGGCGAACCCAUCCGGGGAGAGGAGCGCCGGCCGAGGCCCACACCGAGAGCCGACCGACGCCGCAGCACCACCACCACCACGACGCCGACGAGGUGGGGGUAGACGCCGCCUGCCUGCCUGCCUGCCAGCCAACCGGCCCGCCGCAGAGCGAAGGUGAAGGAAUUGUAGAAGAAGAGGUGUGUUUAGGUUGCAACCAUGCCAUUUCCUUUUGGCAAAUCACACAAGUCUCCUGCAGACAUAGUGAAGAAUCUGAAGGAGAGUAUGGCAGUGCUAGAAAAGCAAGAUAUUUCUGACAAGAAAGUAGAAAAGGCUACUGAAGAAGUUUCCAAAAAUCUAGUUGCCAUGAAAGAAAUCUUGUAUGGCACAAAUGAAAAGGAGCCUCAGACAGAAGCUGUGGCCCAGCUUGCUCAGGAGCUGUACAACAGUGGUCUUCUUAGCACCCUAGUAGCUGACCUACAACUCAUUGAUUUUGAGGGCAAAAAGGAUGUGGCUCAGAUAUUCAACAACAUUCUGAGGAGGCAAAUUGGUACAAGAACCCCCACAGUCGAAUACAUCUGCACUCAGCAAAAUAUACUGUUCAUGCUGUUAAAAGGUUACGAAUCCCCAGAAAUUGCUCUGAAUUGUGGAAUCAUGUUAAGAGAGUGCAUCAGACAUGAACCACUGGCAAAAAUAAUCUUGUGGUCAGAGCAGUUUUACGACUUCUUCAGAUAUGUGGAAAUGUCAACAUUUGACAUCGCUUCAGAUGCUUUUGCAACUUUCAAGGACUUACUAACAAGGCACAAGUUGCUCAGUGCAGAGUUCUUGGAACAGCAUUAUGAUAGGUUCUUCAGUGAAUACGAGAAGUUACUCCAUUCAGAAAACUAUGUGACAAAACGACAGUCGCUUAAGCUGCUUGGUGAACUACUGUUGGAUAGGCACAACUUCACAAUUAUGACAAAAUACAUCAGUAAACCUGAAAAUCUCAAACUUAUGAUGAACCUUCUACGAGACAAGAGUCGCAACAUUCAGUUUGAAGCCUUUCAUGUCUUUAAGGUGUUCGUAGCCAACCCUAACAAGACGCAGCCUAUAUUAGAUAUCCUCCUAAAGAACCAGACCAAACUUAUUGAGUUCCUCAGCAAGUUUCAGAACGACAGGACCGAGGAUGAACAAUUUAAUGAUGAGAAGACCUAUUUAGUUAAACAGAUCAGGGAUUUGAAAAGACCAGCACAGCAAGAAGCUUAAUCUCCUAUAAACCCCUAAAAUAUUAAAUCCAAAUUCAGCAUUUGCUGUUAGAUAUUCAGCAUCAGGCACUCUUAUCAAUUCAUGAGGAACAUUACUGCUAAUCUGCUGUUCAGUGAACAGUGUUUGUUUUUCUCUCUUUUUUUUUUAGUCCAAGUUGACAAACCUAGCUGCUGCUUUCUUGCACAAUGUGGACUUUCUUGGUAUUUGUGUCUGAAUUCAAGCACACUGCUUGUUUUUAGAAGUUUGGGGGGCGGGGGGAGAUUGUUGGUUCAUGAAAGCAAACAUAUAGAAGAUAGUUUGGGAUAGGAAAAGAAGGUAUUAGAGUAGUUUAAGUGAUGGGGUGCAUGCUUGCAAAUCUGAUUCAAUCCGUACGUUUGCACUUAACCUUGUAUGAGAUGCGAGCACAAUGUUAUCUGUGCAUACUUGGCACCAUAGUAUAAGAUUGUAUGCCUUGAUUUUAAAAAAUGUGCAGUGCUUUAUGUGUAAUCAAAGGGGAAAUGUGAGCUUACUGGGAUGAACAGUUGUCUUGCAAAUAAAACUGAUACUGAAACAUAGCAACUUCUAAAGAGUGAAAUCUCAGAGUUCAUAAGGAAAAUGUAUAUAUGCCUUUCACUGCUUUGUAGGUUUUUUUUUUUUGGAGAGAGAGAGUGUGUGUGAUUUUGUUGAAAAUUGAGUUGUAGACUUGGAAAUACAUUCUAAGGGUUUUUGUUAUUUUUACUUUGAAGGUAUUUCAGACAGUAGAGCUUAGCAGUGACACUUUGCAUUUCAUUUCAACAAUGCUUGUUGGUUUCUUUUGUAUAUAACUCCUAGGCUGCUCAUUUCUUUAAAAAGGAUUUAAUUUGUACAGCAGAGGAAUGUUAAUGUAUUAGUCUGUAUCUUUUACCUGAUACUGAGUUUUGCAAAAUGAAAGCUCAUCUGUAAUGAAUCCUUAGGAUCACAUGGAAAUGCUCAUUUCACAUUUCUUAAAUACGGCAGCAUUAAAAAGAAGAAGAUCCAGUUUUUCUGUAUUCACUGGUUUAAUGGGGUGCCAUCAGUUAGGGUAGACUAAAAUAUAGUUCUGGAACCCACUAACCUAUAUUCUUCAAUGUUGGCCUUAUCCAUUUAUAUUAGUGCUGUGUUCAGCCAAUUGCAAAAUUAUAAAGAUUAUGCUAAAUUAAUAUCAGUUUGUUUUUCCUUGUGGGUACAUAGAGAAUCUCUAUUCCUUUCAUAUAGUUAACAUUCGGUAAGGUAGUUGUGAUGGUAAAUAACUUAAUAAUUCCCCUUUACUUCGAAAACCAUAAUUUCAUAACUGUCCUAGUGUCAAUAUCUUGUUUGUUAAUGCUGCAAACUAUCAGUAUUUAUUUUUUAAAAAAGACUGAUGUUGCACCACUUUUUGUUACUGUGAUCAUAACAAAAAAAAUCUGCUAAAUAUAUCUCAACUAUGUUAUCAAAAUGCUAUCUAUUCAUCUUAAUAGUAGUACUGAGAUCACAACCAGCCAACCAACUUUAUGGAUUAGGAGUAUGGAAGUUCAAAUUCUGCAUGAUUGAACCUGAAUGAGAAUGCUCUAAAAUUAUUUAUUGCUUUAUAGCUUCUUUCUGGUUAAAUUAUUUCACAAAUGAUUAAACUAAUCUCCUGAUUGACAUCUUAGCUAAUUUUUACACCUUUCAUGAAGGAAGUAGGAAAGUAAAUCCAGCAAAUAGGAUUCUAGUAAUAUUGGACAUCUCAGCAUUGUCAUGCUUCCUUUAGUGGUCAUAACCUGUCCUUUGCAAAGUGAUUCAUAAUGUCUACUGAAAGAAGAAAAAGUAAUCAUUAAGCCUUUAUUAAAUCAUUUAUAUAGACAGGCAAAACUGGCCACGGGAUGAUAUUAUAGUUCAGUACUCUGUCCUUUUUAUAUUUUGGUUAAUCGUAGUUAAGAAGAGGAAAAUAUUACUUGGCAAGUUAUUCUCCAUUAUGCAUAAGGCUUCCACUUUAGGGGGGAAAUGUAGAAAUGCUAAAAAGUUAUGUAUGUGUAUAUAUAAAGAAGUUCAAAGAUGGAUUUGGAUAUUGGUUUUGCUUCUCUACUAUUUGGCAUGGGAGAAAGUGGCUCUAACUUUUUUCAAACAUUAAUCCUUGGAGUGUUGGCAUUCAAAAAAAGUUGUAUUUAAGACCAUUUGAUGUGCUAUUCAUAUUAAAAAAAACUAUUGUACUGGAA